AUGAAGCCUCGAUUUAUACUAAGCAAGGACAGUGAAGCACAUGCGGUUGAUGCAACGGAAUAUAGAAGUGUGGUCCGAAAGUUGAGGUAUCUCACAAAUAAAAGACCGGACUUGGCCUAUUCUGUUGGCAUAGUGAGUCGCUUCAUGGAAGCACCCACGAUGAAAUAUUGUGUAGCUGUGAAAAAUAUACUCGGGUACAUCAAAGGAACAAUAAACUUUGGUUGUGUCUAUUUGAGAGAGAAGAAGGAGAUGCUGGAGCUACUGGGCUACAGUGAUAGCGACAUGUCAGGAGAUGUGGACGACCGUAAAAGUACCUCGGACGUGGUAUAUUUCUUGGGAGGAAAUAUAGUGAGUUGGCUAUUACAAAAGUUGAAAUUGGUCGCAUUAUCCUCACGUGAAGAAGAGUAUAUUGCAGCUGCAACCGCGGUGUUUCAAGGUGUGUGUCUAGGAAGGCUACUCAGUGACCUCACAGGUAAGGAACGAGUGGUGCACAACGUUGACGACAAGUCUACAAUCUCUCUGUGGAAGAAUCCAGUGCGUCAUGAUAGAUGCACAGACAUCGAUACGAGGUAUUGGUACCUACGGGGGUGCGUGAAAGAAAGCAAGAUUGACGUCAACUACAUUUGCACUGACGACCAGCUUGCAGAUACCCUGACCAAAUCUUCGGGACGACAGAAGUUUACGGAGAUGCGGGGAAGGAUCGGCGUCCAAGCUGUGAAGUGAGGACAUCGUGUUUAGGGGGAUGAUUGUUAGAAUUAACCACGAUAGCCUUGUCCGGCUCGGACAGGUACAAUCACCAUGUAAAUUAGGACUCGUAUUGCUAGCUAUUGCUGCUAUAUAUAUGCGUGUAAUCUACCCUGUAAACUCAGAUCAAAAGAGCAAUAGAUCAAUAGGACCGACAAGGCCCUGCUUUAGCCAUCAAAUUCCUCUCGUGUUGUCGCGUGUGUGCGUGUUUAGUAUCCGGCGAGAUUAACGUGUCUAGGCAUAAUCAGCUAGCAAAUACGUGAUAGCUAGCUAGCAUUGAGAAAUCGAUCCAGCAGCUUCCUAGGCUGCUUUGGUGUAUACGUCCACAUCGUUUAGGUCUACAUCUCCAACCGAUUAGCUUCGGCAAGCUUGGAAAGUACUCGAACUAGUCUCGUACGUCGUGUAUCGUCGGAAAGUACUUGGCUACAUCGGUGUCGAGGUCGGGCCUGUGCUAACACCUAGGUCGUUA